AUGCGAACUAGGUCUCUUGGGAGCAGAGACAAAAAUGACACGAAGAAACUACAUUUAAUAACGCCGGAAGAGCCAAAACGAAGGAGCGAUGAGGACGGAGAAAGGUUGCUACUAUCAAGUUCACCAAUGGGUGGUAGUAACGAAAGAGAAAACGAAAUACAUCAGUUUCUAACACCAUCUGUGAAGACGACAAAGAACUUGGAGGUGGAGAUAACACGGUUGAUUACCAAGUUGAAGACUUCCACAGAGCCAACGGAUUAUUCAAAAGACGAAAUAAUAAAGAUUUUAAACAAGACUUUAGUAUCACUAUCCCACUGGAUCCUUCAAGCACAACUAUGGCAAUUAAACAAACUUUCCACUGAUCGAAAUCUAAUCGAAACGAAUUUGGCGAAGAAGGAAAUAGAGUUUUUAAAACAUAAAUUGGUACAUUCUAAUUCCAAUCUUAAUCGUACUAUACCGAAGGCCAGCGGCAAGAUAGUGAAACCGAAUAUAUCAUCAUUUAUGGCAAAACAUGGGACAGAAGAUUAUCACGGCGGACAUGGGACCAGUAAUUCUUUCAAACUAGUAGAAAAUAACAAACCUCAUCCAAGGAUGAGAAGAAGAAGUGAUAAUCCGCUGACAAAUGAAUACGUUAGGGUCUUUCAACUGCAAAAAGAUAACAAAUGA